UAUUCCGCAAAUUUCAGGAUAAAUCCCCACUACCGGUUGCUCUCGAGUAGGUAACGCAUUGUCUCUUUCCUCUUCCUCCUCCCUCUUGAACCGUUUCGAAGGUCGCAAAAAAAAAUUGCAAGGAACGUCGUUGCAUUUUAGUACUGCGCGUUUUCUCUUGCAACGCGCGCCUCCGACCCAAAUUCAUCAGGAUCGCACGGAAGUUUGCGUAAAAGAAGAGGCCGAUCGAGAAACGGCAACCACAGAGAGAUCUAACGCAACCGGGGGGUGAAAAGGGUGCGAGAAAUGAUCGAGGAGGACGCGUCGCUGGUUCAAACGUUUUACGCUGGUCAAAACGUGUUGGUGACAGGAGGGACCGGAUUCCUGGGAAAACUGUUGAUCGAGAAACUCCUUCGAACGUGCACGGGGAUCAAGUGCGUUUACGCGUUGGCGCGCUCGAAGAAGGAUGAAUCGGCGCGUGAACGUUUCGAAAGAAUAUUCGACGAAGCCGUAUUCGAUCGUCUCAGAGAAAAGGUACCGAAGUUUCGUCAAAAGUUUCGGGUGAUUUCCGGCGACUGUGCGUUGCCCGGACUUGGUUUGUCAUCUUCCGACGUGGAUUUGUUAACGCGGGAGAUCUCGGUGGUGUUCAACGUAGCGGCCACUGUGCGAUUCGAUGAAAAAUUAAAAAAGGCGAUCGCGGUUAAUGUGACCGGGACGAAGGAGCUGAUGGACCUGUGCAAACGAAUGCCAGCCUUACAGGUCGUGAUACACGUAUCGACCGCCUACAGCAAUUGCAAUCGCAAGAAUGUCGCUGAGAAAUUUUACCCCGCUCCUAUAUCCGCGGAAGACACGAUGGAGUUGGCCGCGAAUUUGACGGAGCAGGAACUGAAUCGUCUGACGAAAACGCUGCUAGUUACCUUUCCGAAUACGUACGUUUAUACAAAGUGCAUUGCGGAACAGUUGGUGCGCCGAUACGGAAAGGAUUUGCCUGUUGGAAUAUUUCGUCCCGCCAUAGUGCUCUCGACGUACAAAGAGCCGAUAGAGGGUUGGGUGGAUAACGUGUACGGACCCACCGGAGCUCUCGCAGCGGCCGGUAUCGGCCUCAUGAGGACCAUGAACAUGGAUAAGAACUGCGUCGCUGAAUUGAUCCCAGCCGAUUACACCGUCAAUGCUCUUAUCGUUAUCGCUUGGGCAGUUGCGACGAAGCGUUACAGGAGCACCGGCAGUGAUCCUCCUAUCUACAAUUACCAUUCUUCGUGGGGUACCACCGCCAUCACCUGGGGUCGAUACAUGAAUCUUGCUGUGAAACAUGGAAGGCAAGUCCCAAGUGUUCGUAGCGUCUGGUGCUACACAUUCACCCCCGCUAAGAGUCCUUACGCGUACUUCGUCUUGAUCGUGCUCCUCCACUUGCUACCCGCCACGCUCGUUGAUAUUGCGAGAAUCGUUACUGGCAAAAGACCUAGAAUUCUAAAAAUGUACAAAAGACUGCACAAAUUCUGCGCUGUUACCAGCUACUUUGGCACACACGACUGGAACUUCUCUUAUGACAAUACCAAGAAUCUUUGGGAUAGCCUUUGUCCGACCGAUCAAGCUCUAUUUACGUUUUCGAUGAGCAAAUUUGACUGGGAUGAUUUCAUGUACAAAUGCGUGCGCGGACUGAGGAUACACAUUUUCAAAGACGAUCCGAGCACGAUAGAUCGCGCGAAACUGCGAAUGACCAGAUUCACUGUUCUCCAUAAUCUUCUCAAGUACACUGUGUUCCUCUUCGUCAUUUGGUUUUCUUAUUAUACCGCGUACAUACUUUACGACGCGUUUAUCGUUAUUCGCGUUACUGCUACUAAUCGACUGUUUCAGGUUCUCGAUACUUGUAUCGCGUGACGCGUUUUUCCUACUCGUAAGAUAACGAUCAAGAUUCUCAUUUCCUGUACGAUACACAACAAUCGCGAAAUUUGUAUUAACGUCAAUGAAAUAUGCGCGUCGCGUUCUCUCGUUUCAAACGCAUUCCUUCGACGAAGCAUCGUGUGCAAUUUCGCGUAGCUGUCGCGCCUCGCAAAUCAGCGUUAUAUUUUCGAUAUCUCGUUUACGUUUUUCGUUUGUUCGUCGAAGAACAGCGAAGAAGUUUGACAAACGUACGAUUCGGAAUAGAAGGUCAAGAAUGGACAGCGGAUAACCAUCUAACGGAAAUGAACGUAAAAUGUGUCUCGCGAUCGCUUUGUACGUAUUAACAGCUACUUUCGGAAUACUCUCAAACUUAGCUAUAGCGAUCGGUAUAUUCCUUUUAACGCUCUUGGGAAGAAUGAUCUACUAUUUGUACGCUACUUUUCAUGUAUUAGUGGAUCUGUUUGACAGAAUUUUGAAUCGACCAUCCGCCAAUGAAUUACACCGAAGACCCUUUUCUUAUUCCGAACAACCCCCCAAUUGAGAACAAACGUACCCUCUUUCCGUUCUUUUCAGAGAAUUAGUUAAA